AUGGCUCUGUCCGUUCCCAGGUGCUCCAAACAGUGGAAUGUCACUGGACAAGAAGGACUCGAAUCCCUGAAGUUCUCCGAACAGGAGCUGCCUGAACUUGGCGAUAGUCAAGUAUUAGUGAAGUUGCAAGGAGCGACCCUCAAUUUUCGCGACGUCACUAUUCCUCGCGGUAAAUAUCCCUGGGACGUCAAGCCCAACGUCGUACCCGGGUCUGACGGAGCCGGCACCGUCCUGGCCGUUGGGAAACACGUCACACGAUUCAAGCCGGGCGACAAGGUCAUAACUAUCUUGAGCCAGGUAUAUCUCGGAGGGCUCGUGACCGAUCAAAUCGCCAAAAGUGGGCUUGGCGGCGGCAUCGACGGUACUUUCCGCACCGUUGGCGCCUUCAACGAACAAGGACUCGUGGCGAUGCCCACGGCAUUGACCUUCGUCGAAGCCGCUUCGUUAAGCUGUGCCGGGGUCACUGCAUGGAACGCACUCUUCGGGUUGUCGGGAAAGAAAGUAUCGGCAGGGCAGUGGGUGCUCACACAGGGCACCGGCGGAGUGAGCAUCUUCGCCGUUCAGUUCGCCAAGGCGGUCGGGGCCAGGGUUAUUGCAACCACAAGCUCGUCUGUAAAGGCGAAGCUUCUGGAGAAGCUUGGCGCCGAUCACAUCAUCAACUAUCGCGAGACAGCUGACUGGGGCCUGGAGGCCAAGAGGUUAACCGGAGGGGUGGGCGUUGACCUCGUUGUUGAGAUAGCCGGCCCCACGACUCUGAGCCAAAGUCUCGCCAGUGUGAGACUUGAUGGGACCAUCGUCACCACUGGCUCUGCUGGCGGAGAGGCCAAAGGACAGGAGAUGCCGACAUUUCUAGACUCUUGGCUGAGCCUUGUUACGGUCCGGGGUGUUUGGGUUGGUAGUCGACUGCAGAUGGAGGACAUGUGCAGGGCUAUCGAGGCCAACUUGGACACGCUGCGUCCUGUGAUCGAUUCUAAAGUCUUCCAGCUGACCGAACUGAAAGAGGCAUACGAGUACUUGGAGUCCGGAAACCACCAGGGCAAGGUUGGAAUUGAAAUCAACUAG